AUGUCAGAAAGAGAGCAGAAAAACUCUGGAGAGAAGAGACAAGACACAAUAUCUCCCAAACACUGCAGGAGACCCAAAGACUUCACUGUCCAGGGCAGAACCCAGAUGAGAGAGAAAUCAAACACCUGUACUGAGUGCGGGAAAAGCUUCACUUGGGGCUCACAACUUAUCCAGCAUCAGAGAACCCACACGAGGGACAGACCUUACAUAUGUGCUGAGAGUGGGAAGAGCUUCCUCCAGAGUGCUGAGCUUGUUCUGCAUCAGAGAACUCACACGGGUGAGAGACCGUACAAAUGCAUGGAGUGCGGGAAGAGCUUCAGCAUCCACUCCAACCUUAUUAACCACCAGAGAAUCCAUGUGGGGGAGAGACCUGCUAACUGUACGGAGCAUGGGAAGAGCUCUGGCAGGAGCACGGACCUUAUUAAACAUCAGAGGACCCACACUGGGAAGAGACUCUAUAAACGCACUCAGUGCAGGAAGAGCUUCAACCAGAGCUCAGACCUGGUGAAACAUCAGCGGAUCCACACAAGAGAGAAGCCUUAUCAGGCAGAGAAGAUGCCCUACCAGUGUGCCAAGUGCGGGGAAACCUUUGCUCAGACCUCGACCCUGGUUAGACACCAGAUCACCCACACAGAAGAGAGACUGUACAAAUGUCCAGACUGCGGGAAGGGCUUCAGCCGCAUCUCCAACCUCCUCCAGCACCACAGGACCCACACAGGGGAGAGAUCCUACCCCUGCACCGUCUGUGGGAAAAGCUUUGGGAUGAGCUUGCAACUCGUCAAGCAUCAGAGAACCCAUACUGGGGAGAGACCCUACCAGUGCGCUGACUGCGGGCGGCACUUCAUCCAGCACUCAAACCUCCACAGUCACCAGAGGAGCCACGCUGGGGAGAAUCCCUAUAGCUUUGCUAAGUGUGGGAAGGCAUUCAGUCGGAAUGCCACCCUUCGCAGCCACCAAAGCAUCCACCGGGGAGAGAAACCCUUCCAGUGCACCCAGUGCAGGGAGAGCGUCCGAUUCCAGCCACAGUUCAGAAAGCACCAGAGACUGUAUGCCACAUAG